AUGGGCUCAGAACCCCAGUACGCAAAGUACCCUCUCCUCCCGCUUGCCCAGCAUGUCUUCGCCCUCACAAACGCCUACGCCUCCCGGCCAUCUCAACAAGCCGCCGCGAAAGCUCUCAACGAUGCCAUCACGGAGCACAAGAUGGCACCGCUCUACCGCUACCUCGCACACCCGCUCGAGGGUAUCCUGAACCAGGUCGGCGAGGGUGGUAGUCAGGCUCCCGGUAAGCCGCUGAGCCGGAAGUCGAGUCUGGCGGGCAUGAUCGCCACCAAGAGCACGCCGACCACCGUCAACUUGCCUUGGGACGAGGCUCGGUACCAGGAGCUCAAGGCCGACAAUGACAGAGAGUUGGAGGAAUUCCAGAAGGAGGAGGAUGAGGCAGUGGAGAAAGCCGGUGACACGGAAAUUCAGGCUGCGCGGGGCAAGCGGGCGGAGUUCUGGGCCAGGGUUGGCGACAAGGACCGGGCAAUUGCCGCAUACGAAGACGUUUUCGAGAAGACCGGUAUCCUGGGUACCAAGAUCGACCUGGUUCUCGCAAUAAUCCGGAUGGGCCUCUUCUACGGCGACAAGCUCCUUGUCAAGAAGCACGUCGAGCGCGCAAAGACUUUGGUCGAAUCUGGCGGUGACUGGGAUCGUCGCAACCGUCUCAAGGCCUACGAGGGUAUCUACCUUCUAACUGUCCGAUCGUACAGCCUGGCAGCCCCGCUGCUGCUUGACAGCUUGUCCACCUUCACCAGCUACGAACUCUGCACCUACUCUUCGCUCGUUGUUUACUCAGUCCUCGCCGGAUCCGUAUCUCUGAAGCGCGUUGACUUUAAGAGCAAGGUCGUCGACGCUCCCGAGAUCAAGGCUAUCCUUGGUGACGGAGAGGACAAGCUCCUGGCUCUGUCAGGUGCACUCAGCGCCGGCCCCGGUGCUGACGACACUAUGCAAGACUCUCCGCCGACCACCGCAGCUGCCAAGACUGCAGUGAAUUUGACGACCCUCGGCACGAGCACCGAUCAGCCCGAGGCCGAGAUGGCCAUUGACUUCUCCUCUCUGGCCCAGCUUGUCUCGAGCCUGUACAACGGCCAGUACAAGUACUUCUUCCAAGCCCUUGCCGAGGUUGAGGAGAACUUCCUCACGCAGGACCGCUACCUGCACGAGCAUAAGAACUGGUUUAUCCGCGAAAUGCGCCUUCGCGCGUACCAGCAGCUUCUCCAGAGCUACCGUGUGGUUGGCUUGGAGACAAUGGCGACAGACUUCGGCGUUACUGUUGAUUUCCUGGACCGUGAUCUUGCCAAGUUCAUCGCGGCCGGCCGCAUCCCCUGCACAAUCGACCGUGUGAGCGGCAAGGGCGUCAUCGAGACCAACCGCCCCGACGACAAGAACAAGCAAUACCAGGACGUUGUUCGCCAGGGCGAUCAGCUCAUCACGAAGCUUCAGAAGUACGGCCAGGCCGUGCGUCUCAGGGGAAGCGAGCGGGCGUAA